AUGAGACUUUUUGAAGGUAACAAUCAAAAAAUUUCGAUUAUUUUUAAGACUCUACUGCUUUCGUUCGAUCGCAACUCUCCUGCAGUAGCUGGAACGCCAGGUGUUGCGGAACGAUUGUCGCUGGUAACGAAAAUUACAAGUGAGCUGAACACUGACCCACAUGCAACCAUGAAUAUGGAUUGUUAUUGUGAUAUCUAUCAAUCGCAUGGGUUUUCACUGACCGAAUUAAAUGACAAUAACAAGCGUCCACAUUUAACGUUAAAUUUUGAGCACGUGUUGCGGAUAACAUCCGAUAAAAAGCCUGAAAAUGCAUAUCAGAAAACAGUCCGAUUUGAUCGAAGUAUUGAGGGACAACCGCAGAGGCUGUAUACAGGUGGUGCAGAUGGAUGUAUACGUAUUUGGGAAGGUGCCACUGUGAAAGAUUCUCCGGUGUUGACAAUCGAUGCACAUAACGGUGAUAUUGAUGAUUUGGAUAUUUCUCCGGAUGGGAAGUUAUGCAUCAGUGUAGGCCACGAUGCAGCCGCUUAUAUUUGGGAUACAUCCAGCGGGAAACAGCUUCUCAGCCUGAAUAUUCCAAACGAAAUUGGCGAUGGAUUUCGUGUUCGAUCGGUACGUUUUACAGUGCUUGGAUCAACAAAUACAAUAUUUUUGGCAACUUAUAAUCAAAUUCGUCGUACACCUAAAUCUGUAUCACAUAUUGCUCUGUGGGCAUACAAUCGAGAACGUGGCAUUUGUCGGCCAAUACUUGUUCGACAAGCAUGUAACGAAGUUAGUAUUGUUGUUAUAUACUAA